UUCGCCGACAGGUGUAUAAGCGAGUCCAUGCAUGUACGAGCGAGCGCGGCGCGCACACUCGUGUCCGGGAGCAAACAUAACAUAAAGAAAACGAGCGGAGUGUUACCACCGCCAAACCCCGUGAUAACUCGACAAUAUCGUUUCCACCGAGUCCUCCGGUCUCCGAAGAGUCUCAGACUCCCUCAGAAUCAUCGAAAACCCGAGGAAAAUCGUUCGCUAAAUGAGUAAAACUGCUGUUUCAACUCGUGAAUGUUCUGUCCAGACGAUGGCUGCAUGAUUUCGCCCGCCAGCCGCAUGACUCUAGAUAGCGAUGGCAGAUCGCCAGCAGCCUCCCCCGGACUACAAGCGUAUGUCCCUGGACAAGAUAAUCGAGGCAAUGACAGCAGACCUUGAGGGUCCCAGUGGUCACUACGUCCAAUUUGGCAUACCCCCCACCCAGCCCCCCCUGUCCCCCAACCACCUCCCCUCCCCGCACCCCCAAAUCCCCCUGCAGCCCCCAAUCUACAUGCCCGACUCCUUCGACUCUCCCCCAGUGGAGCCCAUCUACUUUCCCCCUCAAACCGUCAAUCACCUGGGAAUAACCGAGAACAACGACCUAGUGGGCACCAUCGACGUGGGCAACGGCAACUUCAUAAACGUUAUCUACGGAAAUGCCUCCCAGAUGGUCCCCGAAGAGGUCCCCAGCAUGUCCCCCUACUCCAACCACCAGAUUAUGGACAGAGAGUACGGUUUAUUCGAUCAAAGAAUUCACCACAAUCUCCAGAGUGCCACGACUAAUGGAAAACAAUUGAUUGACAAUCUCGUUGGUAACUGGGUGCCCAAUCAAUCGGGGACGUACAGUCCCUUCGGGGGUUCGCCGAAUGUCACACCAGUGCCUCACUCGUCACCUGAGGUGGAGGAGGUGCCCAAGGUCGUGGAGAUUCAGAAGAAAACGCGAAUGGUGGCUGAGGUGAAGCCCAUGAGACCGAGUUACUCGUCAGUGCUGACCAAGUCGGCGCCCCCUCCACCCUCGCCCCUGAACGUUCCCCAGAGCAAGAUCCAGGUGGACUCGACCCUGAAGAAGACGUCGAAGAGCUCGAAGGGGUCGAAGGGAAAGCCGGGAGUGCUCAAGAGGCAGAACUCCUCGGGGAGUGAUGAGCAUGGAUCACCGAAGAAUCAGGUGGCCAAGAAGAGUCUUGAGAAGAAUAACUCCAAUCUCUCGAGACGUUGGGUCUCGCUGGACAAUUUGGGGGGCAAUGAGAGCCAUGAGAGGAGCGAUAUGAAUGGGUUCAGUAGACCUGACCAGAGGAAGACGUCCAAGACUGCGAGGAAGAACGAGAGGAAUGAGACGUUGAAUAAUAGCAAAGUUCAGAGUGGGGGGAAGACUGGGGGAAAUACUCAGAAGAGACCACUCCAGAUUAAUAAUAAUUUGGGGAAUGAGGGCGCGGGGGAGAGGGUGGAGAAGAAUUUACAGGUGGGCGGCAAGGGGAAGGAGGAGAAGAAGAAGGACAAGGGGAAGAGGUUCCAUCCGGAGAAGGAGAAGGUCGUGAAGAAGGGAAAGAACAGGAAGAGGGAGAACAGGGAGAGCCCUGUUAAGGAUUUGUGCAAGAAUUUUAAUAAGUAUGCCAGCCGGUGGAGCAAAGUCGGGCUUAAGGUGUUUUAUUGGCUUCUGCAUCUUAUCACGGAUGUUGUUAGUAUGAGUACUAAUCUUGUCAUUCAGUUUGUUAAGUGCAUGUGGUUUCAUACUGUAUUAUACCUGAAAUACUCAUGGGCCUACGUGUCCACUGCAAUCUCGAAGAUUCGGUUUCUGAAUGCAAUUGGCAAGAGGAUUGACGAUAGAUUUGGAAACAGUAGAUUUGCAUUUUGGCGAAGAUUGAAAUCUAAGAGAAACGACGACAAGGAUGAUAAUGUACACUGGUUGCAAGGUGGACUGGAAGCGAACAUUGCCCUGCCUAGUACUGGUGAGGAGGCGAUGAAAAGACUGCUGGCUUGCAAGGGAAAGGAUCCGUACAGCAUACUUGGGGUGACACCCACCUGUUCAGACGAUGAUAUCAAAAAAUACUACAAACGUCAGGCUUUUCUCGUACAUCCUGAUAAGAACAGUCAACCUGGGGCCGAAGAGGCAUUUAAGAUACUUGUUCAUGCGUUCGAUAUCAUUGGAGAACCAGAAAGAAGACAAGCAUUCGAUCAAACUCGUCAGGUGGAGGCAGCCUGGGGUGAGUUGAGUGAUCUUCUAUCCCAAUUGCACAGAAAAAUGGAACAAGCAGCGAACACGAUUAGAUGUACAAAUUGUGGAUUGAGGCAUAAACGUGUACCAACGCAGAGGCCUUGCUACGCUGCUCGAUUCUGUGCCCAGUGUAAGAUACGCCACAGUGCUAAGGAGGGUGAUAUUUGGGCGGAAUCUAGGGUCAUGGGUUUCCUCUGGCACUACUACGCGUGCAUGGAGGGUGCUGUUUACGAUGUGACCGACUGGGCUGCCUGUCAAGCUGGUAAUCUCAAACAUCUGCGUGCUAAUACCCACAAUGUGCAGUACAGAAUUGUUCUGGGACAGAGGCCACCACCUCAGGGUAUCAGUGGGAAGAGGAGACAGCAUGUGGAUGGUGGUGCAACGGACGCAGAUCUUGAAGAUUUCCUCAACAAUCUUUACAACCACAGUAAAACUGGUGGUACAACAGCAACGACAGAACAGCCAACCUCGAAAGAAAGCCGCAGACGUAAAGCAAAACGCAAAUGAAGACUUGAUCUCUUCUCAACAGUUGCACCCAUCGUAUUACUUGGCUCAUAAUACUCCAGCUGUUUAUUUUCUCUCUUUCUCUCCUUUAAGUUUUCGUUUUUCCCCUCCAUUUUUUUUAUUACAUUGCUUUGCAGAAUAAUGUUACAACCAGAAACACCCAACUAAUGUUCAAGUAUCUGACUUUUGCGAGUGAUAAGCAAUGACAAUUUAUGAGAUUCUUUCUUUCCUCGUUCCACUUGAGAAUGAGAAGAUUAUGAUCAUUAAACGUGAAUUCGAAGUUUGCAA